AUGGACCUCACACUGUUCCCAUUCGACAAACAACUUUGCAAACUUGGAAUCGAGAGUUAUGGAUACACAGCAGAUCAUGUUGUAUACAAAUGGUCGAAAGGGGCAAGAACUGCUCUCGAACUGAAAAAGAUUCGUUUACCAGAUUUCACAAUACAGGAAGCUUACGUGACAAGUCAGAUGGAAAGUUAUGCUACAGGAAAUUAUUCCCGUCUCUACGUCUGCUUUGUGUUUUCUCGAUCAUCUGGAUUCUGUUUCCUCCAAUUAAUAAUUCCUUCAACUGCAGUUGUGAUAACCUCUUGGGACAUGAUAUCCAUCAUCCUUGCAAUUACCUUUCUCAUUUUCUCAUAUAAUGAAAUGAUGCCACGUGUCAGUUACAUAAAAGCAAUGGAUAUUUAUCUUGGUGUUUGUUUUAUGAUCGUUUUCCUCUCACUGAUCAAACUGGCCCUUGUGAAAUAUAUGCGACAGAAAAUCAUGUUGACAAGCGAUAGCGGGAACUCUCUCCGAGAAAUGUCACAGAUGUCAACGAGACAGCGACUGAGAGCAAGGAAGACUUCGAGCAUGAACUUCCGGAACAACACAGGUUCAACAAUUCCAGCAAGUGAGGAAACACAGCAGAUGUUGACAGUUCCGAAUGGAACAAAUGGAUUGAAUGGAGAGGAUAAAGAGGCCAACAAUAAUAGCGGAAAAUCACAUAUAUCUGACAUGCUGGAAAUCAGAAUCACCCAAAGGACAAUGCAUCGAUUUCACUGGGUUUCACAGAUGCUUUUCUUCUUUGGAUUUGUGAUAUUUUGUCUUUUCUACUUCUUGAUUUAUCCAAAUCUACACAUCGUGAGUAUCGAUCCAGCAUGCGACAAGAAUCUAGCCGAAUGGUUCGCAGAAAUCUACUAG